GUAAACUCAGUAAAAGAUGGCGGCCGGAGUCCUUCAGAGAGUCCGCUGUGGUUUGGCUCCGGCUAAAAACAGUGCUCUCUCAGCUGGACAGCUCGUGGGAUGGGUCAGAGGGUUUGCAACAUCCAGCAGCAGAGACAGAGAGGACAGCUGGUUUAAGUCCUUGUUUGUGAGGAAAGUUGAUCCCAGAAAAGAUGCUCACUCCAAUUUGCUGACAAAAAACGAGGAGAGCAACCUCUACAAAAUUCAGUUCCAUAAUGUGAAGCCAGAGUGCCUGGAUGCAUAUAAUAAACUCUGCGAGGAUGUUUUGCCCUCGAUCCAUGCUGAUAAGUACUACCCCUGUGAGCUGGUGGGGACCUGGAAUACCUGGUAUGGAGAACAAGACCAGGCUGUUCAUCUGUGGCGUUACAGAGGUGGAUAUCCAGCUCUGACUGAGGUGAUGAACAAGCUCAGGCAGAACGAGGAGUUCACAAAGUACAGAAUGGAGCGGGGAAAGAUGCUGCUGUCCCGCAGGAAUCAGCUCCUGCUGGAGUUCAGCUUCUGGAACGAGCCCGUGCCCCGAGAUGGCCCCAACAUCUACGAGCUCAGGUCCUACCAGCUCAGGCCAGGAACCAUGAUCGAGUGGGGUAAUUACUGGGCCAGAGCGAUCAAAUACCGCCAGGGCAACAAAGAGGCGGUGGGAGGGUUCUUCUCCCAGAUCGGUGACCUCUACAUGGUCCAUCACCUGUGGGCUUACAAAGACCUUCAGUCCCGAGAGGACACCAGGAACGCUGUCUGGCAGCAGGAGGGCUGGCACGAGGUGGUUUAUUACACAGUGCCACUCAUUCAGCGCAUGGAUUCGAGGAUCAUGAUCCCAACAAAGGCGUCCCCGCUGAAGUGAAACAAGCCAGUCACGUUUUAUGAAUGUUACAUCCAACCUGAGAGUCGCCGCCAUGGGUCCAACCUGUCAGUGCUACCAAACAACACACACCUCUUUUUAAAAAAUUGUUUUUAUUUGCUUUAUUCCACCUAGACAAAGGAGGCAACAAUAAAUGUUACACAUCUGCGAUUAGAAUUCAUGUUACAAAGGUAGCACGCUCCUGACACGCACAACUUUUUCCUGUUUUUGAGGGCGAGGGAAUUCGAACAAGCUUAAAACCUUGUGACGGUCGGCAUGUGCAGCUUUGCGUGCCGCGUCAUAACUGGGCCCAAGAGGAGAGUUUACCAUCAAUUUUGCAACAAACCAAAGUUACUACAUAAAAUAAACUUACAAGCUGCAGAGCGUAUUGGAGGACAGUAGUAACAGCGUUUAUUUAUUUAAUAGAAAAAUAAAGCGGGUAGUGUUUCGAUGUGGUUAAGGAGCUCGGGAGUUGCGUCACUGCUGAUCAAGAUAAAAAAAAUAAUGUUUAGUUUCAAAAAUGUUGCCACUCCAGAUGAAAGUACGAGAUGUUACGGAUACCAUUUUAUAUUUGCAGUUGAUUAUAAACACUGUUUCUUCUUUAUGUUCCUUGUUGAAGUGAUGUGUAAAGUUUCCCGGUGCUGUGUUUGUACUUCUUUUUUCUCAUGACAGCAUGCCUGGUUUUAAAAUGAAAAUUUUUUAAUCCAGCAGGUGAAAACUGGUGUAUAAAUCAAUGAGUGAAGCGGAUAGGUGGACAGUCGUCAUGCUUCGUACUGUAAGAACCAAGGGAACGUCAUUUAUCUUUUUUAUUUUGUUGAACAGGAAAAAAUGUUCAAAGACGGUAAAGAAAGAUAAUAAAGUUCCUCAGACAUC